AUGGGUCGGAGUCGGGGCUUGUCCCCGGACAGUCCGUGGGAGUUAUUCGGACCCUUGUGGGCCGCCCCCGGCCCGAGACAAGCAGCCCAUUUGCCACUUCCGACGGACGAGAUGAACUCGUCGUUUCUGAAAUUUUCUUACACGACUCUGGGAGGGCCCCGCGAGGACGCCGCCGCCGCCGCCGCCGUCGACCCGAUCAAAGAAGGGAGCGCCGGCUCCGGCUCCGGCUCCGGCUCGACGCUGAGCUUGGAGUUGGCCGAUUCCAAGUCGUGCACGUCGUCGAAGGCCAGCGGCGCCUCGCCCGAGGACUUCCGGGCGCAGCAGCUGCGGAUCAUCGCCGUCGCCGCUCGUUUCCACGAGUUCAAGCUCCAAGUGGCCCGAAGAGCUCGCUCGAAGAUCAUCAAGAGCUCUGACAAUUGGAAGUCCAAUGCCGGCAAGAUGGUCCCGACAUCCUCCUCUGAAUUUGAAUCAACAAAGGCGGCUUCAGGUAUAACUAGUAGCUCCAGCGAGGGUUCAAGCGCUAAAAACCUUGGAGUCCAGAAAUUCAAGAAGAAGCGUGAGGAGAAUCGUUGCGAGGUGCUCAGUCGGAAGCGCGCAGGCUCAACGCACAUGCGCCGUCAAGCUGAUGCCAUUCUGACCUUCCUCUCUGGAGGUUGUGCCUCUGAAGUGAAGAUCCGUCAAGUUCUUGGUGACAGCCCUGACACCAGCAAGGCUCUCAGAAUGUUGCUUAAACUAGAUGAAGUCAAAAGAUCCGGGACAGGAGGAAGGCAUGACCCCUAUAUUUACGAAGUCACGCAAAGGGAGUAG